AUGUGUGACCAUGGCGCAGGCGGGUGUCGACACGAAGCGGGUGAAAUGCCUGAUUUUGGAGAAGGUCAACGAUAUGAUAUGCAUCAAUAUAUCGAUAUGAAUAAGGUUACGGUUUUGAACGAGAACGUUGACGGUCAAGGAAAACUAGUUUUCAAACCAAUGGAUCGAAGAUUGGACAGAAUCGAUUUCGUGUUGAGCGAUUGUGAUGAAGAACUGCUGUUCAACGUACCGUUCUCGGGUCAAGUACGAAUCACCGGUUUGUCGGUGAUCGGUGAUGAUGAUGGGAGCCAUCCUGCGAAAGUUCGUAUCUUCAAAGAUCGGCCAGCGAUGUCAUUCGACGAUUGCUUGAUCGAGCCCGAUCAGGAGAUCGACUUGAAACAGGAUCCCAAUGGCGUUGUUGAUUACCCACUGAAGGCAGCGAAAUUCGGUACAGUAUCGCACCUGAGCGUCCACGUCGCGAAGAACUUUGGUCAUGAGCAGACUAAGGUCAAUUAUAUCGGCUUACGAGGCGAAUAUCAGGCGGAUUUUCGUCAGCAGGUUGGCGUUGAUUUUAUAUAA